AAUCUAUAAUUCCUUCCCGACAUGACUCGCAACUAGAACUUCUUGUCACUUCUGUAAAAUUCCCAAGUCCCGCCUCUUUUCUUCGAUUCUUCAUCACCAGCUUCCGACACACUCUCUCUCUCUCUCUAAAGAAAAUGCAGGAGCAAGCGACAAGCUCUUUAGCUGCAAGCUCUCUACCGUCAAGCAGCGAGAGAUCAUCAAGCUCUAAUCCGCAUUUGGAGAUCAAAGAAGGAAUCGAAAGCGAUGAGGAGAUACGGCGAGUACCGGAGUUCGGAGGAGAAGCUACCGGAAAAGAAGCCUCUGGAUCGGCGAACGGUCAGGACAGGACACAGAUAGCUGUCGGAGAAGGUCAGAGGAAGCGAGGGAGGACUCCGGCGGAGAAAGAGACCAAGCGGCUAAAGAGGUUGUUAAGGAACAGAGUGUCAGCACAGCAAGCAAGAGAGAGGAAGAAAGCUUACUUGGGUGAGUUGGAGACCAGAGUGAAAGACUUAGAGAACAGAAACUCUGAGCUUGAUGAGAGACUCUCUACUUUGCAGAACGAGAACCACAUGCUUAGACAGAUUCUGAAGAACACAACAGGAAACAAGAGAGGAGGAGGAGGAGGAGGUGGUUCUAACGCUGAUGCUAGCCUUUGAUCUCCUUUUGUUCUUGUUCUUUUGCUAUUUAUGUGGAUAAAAUUUUACAGGGAAUUGUAUUAAUAAAUUAUUGUACAAUUUUUAUAUUUGCAAUGGGAUGUGACUUGUGAGAUA